AUGAAAUAUUUACUUUUAUUUCUUACAUUUUCAUUAUCUAUUUGCAUUAAAUUAGAACUCUUAGAAGUAUUUCAUCAAUCUAUUGAUUGGCAAGCCAAUUAUUAACCAACUUAUGAAAAAUAAAUUAAAAAAUUAGAAAGACAAAUAUAAAUUAUGAAAGAAUAAAGAAGAGCAAAAAAUUAGUAAUGCGAUCGUAUAUAAAGAGGAUUAGACUUUAUUGUAAAUGAGUAUAUACUUUAUGUUAAUUAAGAAAGGAAAAAAAUGAAAAGUUUACAUCAUGGUUAACGUCACGUAUUGCAUAAAAUUAAAAUAGGGUUGAAAAACUCAAUUAAAUCAAAUGCUAAAGUAGUUCUUCAUUUUAUGAGACUAUGAAUGAACAAAAUAGAGUUAUUAAAUUAAACUAAUUUUUUGUUAGUUGGAUUAGUAGAGAUCAGAAAUUACUUUAACUAUAAGAUACAUAAGCAUUCAUUUAAGAAAUGUAGAUUGAUAAUGAAUUUUAAGAUGCAUUAUUAAUUUUAUCUGGUAUAUGUAAAUCAAUCAAUUUAAGAAUAAAUUAGAUCAUGUAAAUUAUCACCUUUCAAAUAAUAGAAAAUUGAUAGAAGUGAAAGUUCAAGAAGAGAUUUUGAAUAAAAUAUUUUCAAUUUAGAAAAAUUAUUGAAUUAAAAUAAUGAUUUAAUGGAAUUAAAUGAAGUGAGAGUUUAAGACAAAUUAACUAAAUUUAUCUAAUAAUUAGAUAAAGAAACUGAACAAUUAUAAAUUCACUAUGAAUCAAUAAUGAAAAUAAUUAAUAAAAGUCCUGUUGAAAUAACAUCAAAAUAAAGACUUGAAUAAUGUAAAAAGGAUGUAUUGAGCAUUGAUAAAUUAAUUGAAGCAACAUAAGAAGCAUUAGAAAGAAUUAAAACUUGUGCUCCAAGUGAAGGUAUUAAAUAUUUUUUAAUAAUUAAGGUUUGGCAUUUAAAUAAAAGAGAAUUUUAAGUUAGAUUGCAAAAGAAUACUCUUAAGGUGUUGCUAAAUUUGAAUAAAAAUGAAUUUAUGAAUAAAUUCUAUAAAAAUAGCGAAUUGCAUUUUUUUAUAUUGAAUAUAUAAAUUAGUAGUAUUUAAAUUAAUCGUUAAUGGACACAACCUAAAGACAAAAUUGAUAUAUGAGUAGACUAAGCAAAAUAAAAAAUUAUUGAAUGAAUGGUCCGAAAAAACUGUUUAGGCAUAUUUAUAGUAAUGCAAGAAAUAUGUUGAGGAAAUGUAUUCAGGAAAUUUAAUUAUAGUUGAUGAUGGAUAUAAUUAAACUUAAAAAGAAUUAUUGAUUCUUGAAAAUUUAUUUAAAAGUAUAGUAAUUAUAAUGAAAUAUAGAUUACACAAAAACUAAAGGAGAUAUAUUUAAUCAAAUUAGAUAGGAUAUUCAAUUGCAAGAAAACUAUAUAUGGAGAAUUUACAAUAAAGAGUGUUUAAGUUAUUUAGAUAAUAAAUGA